CGCCUACCUCUCGACGCCCAACCCCAAAAAGAAAAAUUCUCCUCGCGGAGAAAGGUCGCGUGCCGUCUCGCCCACAGGGGGUGGAUGAAGCGGCGAGCUUCCUUUCCGUGCUCGGCGUGGGUAGCCUUGAUUGUGGCCAGAGGUUUCGUGCUGGCCAUGGCAAGGUCGAUUGCUUGGACGUGCGGAUGAAGGUUUGACUGCCUGAAUUGGCUGUGUGCAUCUACCUGAUUGCAGUUCCGGGCACUGAUUGCUUCGCCUGUAUGCUGCUGGUUGCCUGCCUUGUGCUGCUACUACAUAUGCAAUCUGUGGAGCAACCAAAAAGACCUUGGCUUCAUGCUAUGAUUGUGUAAAGUAAUUGACUAACCAAGCCCAUCUGUAACAAUGGCACAGGAGAGCUGGAAACAGGAAUCUGAGGAGACUGGAGUCCAUGCACCUGAGGCCCCAAUUCUGUGCAUAAACAACUGUGGUUUCUUCGGCAGCAGCAUGACGAACAAUAUGUGCUCGAAGUGCUACAGGGACUUCAUCAAAUUGAUGGAAGGCCCUGUGGUUGAGAAGAAGGUGAUCACGGUGGCAUCUUCUUCUGCGGCACCAAUGGAGACAGCAAAGCAAGAUGAUGUGCCUGCAGCUGCUGCCACUGAAGCUGUGACGGAGAAGCAAGCAGAGCAGGAGCCGCCAAAGCCGCCCAGCAACCGGUGCCUUACCUGCCGCAAGAAGGUUGGGCUGACUGGCUUCCUCUGCCGCUGCGGGGGCACCUUCUGCUCCAUGCACCGCUACACUGACUCCCACCAGUGCACCUUCGACUACAAGAAGGUGGCACGGGAGCAGAUUGCCAAGCAAAAUCCAGUUGUGAUGGCAGAGAAGAUUAACAAGAUAUGAUGCAUGGUCAUGUGAAGGGAUCACUAAAUUCAUGCCUGGGUAGUGGGUUCACUCCAAAUGAUAGGUUCCUUCAGGCGGUGGUCUGGGUCUGGGUUAGAGUGGUAGCUGGUCUCAAUUGUGUCUAUCCUCCUCCUUUAUCAUGGUUUCAUUCUCUCGAUUGUGUAAUAAUGUAAAUAUAUUCAAACUGUAAUUUAAUCCUAUUGCUUCCUACUACGAUUGAUGGGUUUGAUGGGUUUA